CGGUCGAACUACAAGCCAUUUUGGGGACGGUGUCAGUUUGCACGGAGCACACACACACACUGCUGCUGCAUUUUACUGGGGGGUGAAGCGGAUAUUUUGGAGGCAAAGUUAUCGGUGCCAGAGUGGAAACCUUCCCGAUCCGGAGCCGCAGGACUGGGUUGUUUUGGAGCCUCGGAUCGGAUACGCUCUCAGCGCACAGGCGGCGAGGAAAGGUUUUAUUCGCACAUCUGAAAUGCGCUCCGGUCCGCCGUGCGCUCUCCGCCACUGACAGCGUCUGCAGCUUCAAGAUGGCGGCUCGGCUCCUAUUCAUUUUCUGCUGAUCUGCCUCACAACUUUCAUUGUCUAUUCGUCCGAAGAUCCACCGAUCCCCAGCCAAGCAUCCAGGAUUGUUGUUGCCUUCCCUCAUCAUGCAUCGAACCACCAGGAUAAAGAUUACUGAGCUCAACCCUCACCUCAUGUGCGUGCUGUGUGGAGGAUACUUCAUAGACGCCACCACCAUCAUUGAAUGUCUCCACUCAUUUUGCAAGAUGUGCAUUGUACGCUACCUGGAAGCCAGCAAAUACUGUCCCAUCUGUGAUGUUCAAGUGCAUAAAACCAAGCCUCUGCUCAACAUAAGGUCUGACAAAACUCUACAGGACAUCGUUUACAAGCUGGUGCCCGGCCUCUUCAAAAAUGAAAUGAAGAGGAGAAGAGACUUUUACUCGGAGCAUCCCGUAGACGUGUCUAAUGGAUCUAAUGAGGAUCGCGGGGAGGUGGCAGACGACGAUAAGAGAAUAAUCACAGAUGAUGAGAUUAUCAGCCUCUCCAUUGAGUUCUUCAAUCACAGCAGACUGGGAGGAGCAGUGGAGGACAAACCGAGUAAAGAUCAGAAUAUGAUUGCUAACAAGAGGUACCUGCAGUGUCCGGCAGCCAUGACAGUGAUGCACCUGAGGAAGUUCCUGCGCAGCAAGAUGGACAUCCCGAACGCCUACCAGGUUGAAGUCAUGUAUGAAGACGAACCUCUGAAAGAUUACUACACGUUAAUGGAUAUAGCAUAUAUCUACACUUGGAGACGGAAUGGCCCCUUGCCGCUGAAGUACAGAGUCCGACCCAACUGCAAGAAGAUGAAGGUGAGCCACGCGCAGCAGGAGGGCCAGAACAGCGCGAUCAGAUCCGGUCCAGAGAGCGACUCUGCCAGCGACAAGGCCGGGAGUCCCUCCGGAGCUCCGUCCACCUCCUCCUCGCUGCCGAGCCCCGGAACACCGGCGCAGUCCCCGCUCCCGCAGCUCCCGGUUAACGGGACCCCGGCGGCGGCCCCUCCUCCCACCCCCAGCCGGUCCUUCACGCAGUUCGGCGGAGGCGGCAGCAACAAGCCCCGGAACGUGACCCUGAACGGAUCCGCCGCCACCUCCUCCGGGUGACGCGCGUUGUGAAGACCUUUCCCUCUCCAUUUGUUGUUCUAAAUAUUAUGGCAUCAUGUAAACGUAGUGGAAUCAGAGACAUUUCAGAAUAAAAGGAAAGAGGAAGACGGUGGGAAUGUUUUUAAAAAGCAGGUUUUGAUGUUGGAAAAAAAGGAGGUUGGAGAGAAGCAUUUAUCCCAUUUUAAAGCUACAUCUUUAUUUUACAGAAUCGACUGAAGAUGGACUUUUAUAUUUUCUUUUACGUUGUUUUCAGUGUCAAUCAUGAUUAUGUCAUGUGUGUCGGGAUAUUUUGAAGCUGUCAGUUUGAACAUGCAUGAUAACAUUUCCUUUCUCGUAUGAAGGGGAAUCUGCGUGUUUGCCCCUCAAAGGUUUUUCGGAAGUGUGGCGUCGAUCUUGGAGUUUGUUCGGGCUGUUGGAGGAAACACAACUUUAAAUUGCCUUUUAAUAAAAAACAGUUUCUUGUAACUGCAGUGGAUCGGAUUGUUUUAUCAUGUUAUAAGCAAUGUUAGAGAAUCCACAUGUAAAUAGAAACAAAAAUGCAUAUUUAAUCAGCGAUAAUGUUAUUCUCUUAUUCCCCCUUUGUUCUGCGAAUGACUUGGGCUCAGCUCCAUUUCAUUCAUCGACAGAUGUGUUGAUGUCCCCUGUGUUUUCCGUAUUUGUAUCGCUCGAUUGUAUGGACAACUUAUUGUAUUGUUACUGUUGCACAGUAUAAAACAUCUAAAUAAAACAUUUUACACUUAA